AUGGAUCCUUCUCAGUUUGGCGAUCAAAUUAGUAUGUUAGCUGGCUGGUUUUCCAAUUGGAACCUCUGCGAACAAACUAUAGCCCUCUACUCGUUAUUGACCCGUAUCACUUCAACGCAGGCAAGAUUCCUUAGCUUGGUCAUCCAGAAUACAUUCGAAGAUUCAAUAGAAAUUCAGUGCCUUGAACGCGAAGCCAAUAGCACCGAAUUCCUAAGCCAAUUGCGUCGGGAAACAAUGGAAAAUGCCUUGAACCAGUUACUUGCCCAUUUACCACUCUUACGUCCGGGGGCAAGUGAUGUGCGAAGAGAAUAUCUACGGAUUAUACCAAGACUAAUCUUACAUUCAAUAGAAAAAGGAAAAUAUUUGCCAAAAUGUCGCCAAUUAUUAUCACUUGCAACAGUACAUCCUGCGUUCCUUAAAGAGGAAAGAAAUUGUUUAUCGUAUUGGUUGGACAGGCUUGACAGAAGUUCUGUGGAAAAUAAAAAUAUGGAUCAAGGCUAUGCGACUGCAUCAACAAUUUUCGAUAGUUUUAACAGUAUUCAUAACCACAGGAAUGGGGUUGAACUUCGCGAAUCGAUGCCAAAUCUGCGCAAUUGCUCUACUCUUAUUAGGAAUACUGCUGCAUCUGAAUCUGCUUUGAAUGAAAUGAAAGGUAAAGUUGCUAAUCAUGGCAUGCAUGGACCUCGAUCAAGCGAUCCUCAUGGAAUGCCAGCUAUGUCGAAAACAAGUGUGCCAGCAUGGUUGAAAAGCCUUAGACUUCACAAGUAUUCUCACCUCUUUGCUCAUUUUUCUUAUUCUGAAAUGCUUAAUCUUACCGAAGAUGAACUGGAGAGAAAGAACGUUACAAAAGGCGCUCGAAAUAAAAUUCUCGUCAACAUUAAGAAACUUCCGGAUCGUGUUAUGUGUUUGCAACGAGUUGAGGAGAGCAUCCAGCACUCUGGGAACUUGCAGGAAUGCUUGGCUGAAUUAAAACAAAUUGUAGCUACUCCAAUGAAGCCUUCAAUGGAAUGUCUAGUAGAUAAUAAUAUUUCUUUAGAAUCAGAAUUUCAUUUUAAAAGCAGUAACCGUAAUGGGUCGUCACAAAGUUAUCAAGCUGCGAUCGAUUAUAAUCCAGAAAUUGAUGACAUUGCCAGUCCUUUUACUAAAGUGAUGGGUAAAGUUUGUGCACAUAUCCUGGUCUCUCAGGCAGAUGAAGACAUCGUAAAUAAUUACCUGUCAAUUAUUGAAAAAGCAUUACUUCAUGAGGUAAAAUUGUUCGGCAGUAAACAUAUGUACGGUGUAGAAUAUAUAGUGUGUGUGUAUAUAUAUUUGUAA